GUGACAUAUAAUGUGUCAGUUUAGUGUCACUUGUUUAAGUUUGGUGAAUGGCAAUUAGAUUUGUCUAUUACAGCGGCCAUUUUAAUUUUAUAUUGUUUUGGAUUUUUGACGAAGAAGUUGUGUCACAUUUGUCUUUAACGGCCAGUUUUACCAAAAGCGAAUAAAAUAUUGAUCACAACAACAUAUACACGAAUGUUUAUCUAAAAUCUCAAAUGCGACUAAUCUAAAAACCUGAUACACCACUUUGUUAUGAUUCGUUAAACAUCCUUGGGAUCUCGUUUUGUCGAAAGUUGUAAGUUUUUUGUGAAUAUGGAAUCUCCAAGACAAACGGACAGUGACACCGUAGAAUACUGGAAAAAGCAGGCCAAAUAUUAUGAACAAAAGGUGAUCGACAUCCAACAAGAACUCGAUGAGUACACAGAAAACUCGGCACAACGAAAAGAGCUCGAAGCAUCCUUAGUUCAGGUCGAGAAACAGAAUAGAGAUCUGGAGCAUCAGAACCAACGACAAAAUGAAAUUGAAAUGCUGAGGAAUAAGCUUGAAAGGAGUCAGCAUGAGACAAAUGCUUUGGAAAAUGAGCUACAGGCUUUAAAAAUAGAUAAGGACAAGCAAGGAGUGUACAUAAGAGAGUUAGAGCAAAAAAAUGAUGAUUUAGAAAGAGGUCAGAGGGUCAUAUCAGAAUCUGUGUCUUGUAUAGAGACACUAUUAAAUCAAGCUUACGAAAGAAAUGCGGUACUAGAAAGUGAAGUAGAUGAAAUAGAAAAUUUGAGGGUCAAAUUGCAGAGGGCAACGGAUGAAGCACGAGAUCUUAAGCAGGAAUUGAAAGUUAUGGAAAAAGUUCCAGUACACAAAAAAGAAGAUGACAGUACAAACGAGAAUCAAAUCAAUGGACACAUUUCAAAUUCAACUCGAACUCAAGUUGAAAUAGAAACUCAAACAUCACUCAUGUCGCCACAAAAACGUGAAAUAAAUGGCAAUGCGAUGACACCAUCGUCUAGAGUGACAGCAAUCAACAUUGUAGGUGAUCUCCUUCGGAAAGUUGGGCUUGAAAGGUUUCUUUGCCGCGAGUGUGGUAAAAUUAAAUGCGCCUGCCAAACGCCACCCACGCUCGAUACUCACCCUGCGACACCUCCGAGUGAAGUCCCCGCAAUCGUACACAACAGAGACGAUAGUGAACUAACUAAAAGUAAUACUAUUGAGUACAGACGUCCGAGAGUUUAUUCGAGACAGUAUUCAGGCUCCGACGUUGUAAGCGAUAGUAUGUUAAACAAAACAAAUUUGGCACAUAGAGCGUCCGAACAACCGUUUGUGCGCUCUGUGCAAGGAGAAAAUGGAAAGCUGCGAAGAUCUUUUGCUGUUCGGUCGCGGGAGGGGCUCGAAAAUCUUUUGAGUUUCGCUUCUAUCAGAAAAGGACAUGAACAAGGAAAAGCGAAGCAAAUUAACAAAUGAUUGUAGAUUUUUUUUCUAAUUAUCACAAUGAUGUAAAAGACUAUAGCUUUAUAUUUUUUGACUAUAAUAAUUAUAGCUUUACAUUGAUGUAGUUUCACGUAGUCACAAAUGCAUAUUAUAUUUAUAAAUACAUUAGGAAAUUAUUACAAAUGUAACGAUCGCCAUAUAUACUAGUGAUGUAUAACAAACAUGCAAUUAUUCUAUACUUAGUUACUUGCUUUAAUUGAGUGUAAAUAAAUUAAUUAGUAAUGUGUAAGAUUGGGUUAUGGACGAUGUGAAAUGACGACGAUAUAAAAUUAUGGAACUAUUGUACAUACUUACUCUAAAUUAUGUAUUCUCUUGAUAGACAAAAGUGUUUCUCUAGUUUUCUAUGGUGUUUAGCAUAGCUUUAUAUAUUAUGUUUGUAUAUAAAGUUAAUAUUGUUGUAUACGGUGGUAUGCGGCUUCAGUGCGCUUUCCGUAUUCAUCGGAAUAGAUAUGUAUAUUGUAUAUAUGCGGUGCUGGGUAUCUUGUAUAUAAUAGCACAUUAAACAUCAUUUACUAAUAUUAACUUCAUUCAUUUAUUGUUAUUUCUCAUUGUAGGCUUUGGAAUCAAAAUUAGCAUCGUGUCGUGGUACAGUUAGACCUAAAGAGCAUUCACCAAAUUCGACAUCGGAUGUCAAUAAGGAUUACAGGUGUGUACUCAAGAAUUAAGAAAAUGCCCGAACAUCAUCUAAUCAUCCCACAUUUUGACUGCAACAAGUCGUCGCAACGUUGGCUUGUGUUAUAGUGUGAUACUAUAUAAUAUAUCAGACGAAUAUACAUCGCUUUCAAGUCUUCAAUGUAUUAUUACUGAUUGUAAAAUUCAGAUACUGUGAUGAUUAUCACAUUUUCCUAAUCUACUAAUGUCUGUGAUGAUAAUGAAAUAGUUAAGGAAGGAGGAUAAAUAUAUAUGUAAAGGUACUGUUUUGGCCUACCCACCGCAAAACUGGCAACAAUUAGCAGCACGUCUUGUCGCGAAUUGCUUUAUCGCGUUUUUGGUUUCUUGAAUAGCUUGAUCUGAGUGUCGAGUAAUUGAAGAUUUAUGUUUGAGAUGCAAAUAUAUUAAUAAAAUGAAAACAUUUUUGAUGUCGAUAAAGUUUACGAACUAAUGUGUACAGACCUCUAUAUUUGGCCACACAUGAAAUGUAGUUUCUACGAGUGGGCAAAAAUAUUUUGGAAACAUAUUUUAUGUAAAUAGUAGAUAGAAGUAUGUUUAAAAUUGUUAACAUUCUUAAAUUUUAUCAAAAUUAUUUGCUAUAAGUGGUAUAUAUUUUACCUAUGCAUUCUAGGUAGAACUAGGUACCGUAGGUCUGAAUUGUGAUUUGUUACUUGUCGCCUCGUUGCGCAGCGAUAGGCUUCUCUGGGUACUGAAUCAUUUUUAAGACAAGUAUAGAUUAAUUUAAUUUUAUCUUUAAGUUAUCAAUUGGGCUCGUUCAUAUUACGUGUUAACCUGAACUCGUAUUGUUUGAAAUUGGCACUAGCAAAAGUCCAUAUGAAUGUAAUAUUCCACAUAAAGAUUUUAGUAAAUAGUGUUAGAACUAUAAGUGGGUAGUGAUGUCAGAUAAAUAGAUAUGUACAAUAUUUGCCGAAUGAAUUACUUAUGACUGAUAAUAAUUGACUAACAGUUUAUGUACGCAAUAAUCAUUGCAUGUGUCUUUAUAACACUGGCAUGCCUUAACUAUUUUUGUGCAUUAACUUUAUCGAAAUUCUGCGGGUGUUUUCCUAGAUCUGUUUUUAAUAUAUGUAGUAAAUAAUCAUAUAUGGUAACAUUAAAAUGCGUGUAAGGAAGGAAUUUGUUUUAGGAUUGUUUUAAAUACAUUUACCACAAUUUUUUGUCACAAUUACUGUAACCAUUUAAAAUUGUCGCAGUUUGUUAUGGUUAUGUUACAUCGUGCGAGUUACUCUGUGCGAUUACCCUAUCAGUUACUGUAAUGGAGGUAUUUGCAUUGUAUAUGCGAUUUACUAUCACUAUCGAUUUAAUCUCCACUGCGUAUUUGAAUUAACUCCUUCCUUCCUCUAUCAUAAAGCGUCAUCUCGCACGGUACUCAAUUUUUUACUGGAUCUGUAAGUCGGGGUUUUUCUAUUCAUAGAUAGGUAUGUGGCAAUGACCGUCUGCUCCGUUAACGGCAAAGGCAUGUCGAGAUAUUGAAUGAAGGAAGAAACUGCAUACUGUAAGCUCAGCAGCUCGCACUGUGUAACCGACUCGUAAGAUUUAUAAAAAAAAUUAGAAGAUAUCGUCUAGUCUUGCCUUAAUAUGUUACGAGUUUAUCAAAAUCUUGUUCAAUGUAUGAAUGUAAUCUUAUCCUUAAAUAAGUCAAUAGUUUCAAAUGUUUGUUCACAACGCAAUAAAUAUUAAUAUUUUGUGUUGAUAUUUGUGUGUAUGCUCACAUUAUAAGUUGGAUGUUAAUGUAUCACGCUGGAAUCCUAAUUCAGUACAUUAAAAUUUGAUCUAUAAGCAUAAAGGCGGAUAUUUUGUAAAAGUUCUACCAUCAUAAAACAUUAUUGCAAAACAGAAAAAAAAUAUCAAUUUAAAGAGAUACCUAAAAAUAUAUUAGCAAUCGACAAGAUGAUAUUUAUAAUUGUUGCGCUAUGUUCAGUAUGAUUCCAUAGAUGUAAGGUAUUGUGUGCUUUUUUUUCGAUGUUAAUUUAAUUGCUCAUUAAGUUAAUGCGGUGCACACUUCUGUACUCCUGGUAAGAAUUUACGCGUUAUCGCGUCGUCACACUUCUGUACUCCUGGUAAGAAUUUACGCGUUAUCGCGUCGUCAACGUAAUGGUUUACAUUUAAAUAUUUUUUUGUAUAGCAAAUUGAACAGCGCCCCGUGAGCGUAUAUGGAACUAAAUUUGAACAUGGCGCGCGUGUAUCUCUCAUAGUAUAGUAAAUCACGUAACCAUGGUAACGUUUAACUUAAAAUAUAUGAGAUUUGGCAGUAAGAAUUUGUUUGUUUGAAGUAUAUAGUCAGGCAACUAUCGAGAUAUUGCAAAUUUUAUCGUGAGGUUCUAGAGACCGUAGCAAUCACCGAUCGGUCUACAAUGAAAUGAUAAAGAUAAUAAUUCAUAUCAUAUAAAAUUUGGCAUAAACAAAAUCUAUGUAUAAUUGCGGUAAUUAAAGUUAUAUCGCUUCCUUUUUUUAUAUGUCGCUGUAAAAAAUCAAUACACCGACUGUUAUUGUUUCGUUAAUUUUUCAGUUCAAAACACAACAAAAAUUAUAACCCAUUUCAAAAUACGAAACAGAUUGCAGCUUGUAGACAUUUUCGAAGUAGUUUCGAUAAACAAUCCACUGUUGUAAAUAGACACAAAUAAUAUGUAAUUUUCUACCCUGGCGUACGUUCGCUUUACUAUACCCACACAUACGCUUCGCACAUCGCCAAUACGAUAAAUCGUAAAUUCCUGCUAGAUGUACAAUUUUAUUUUAAUGUAGAGCGUCAAAAUUCUGUGAUUUAAACGUCAUGUUGAAAAUAUACCUAAAAGCCCCGCCUUGUGCUAAAUAUGUAACAAAAAUUUUAUGGUUAGUGUAUUUGGUCAUCUAAUGCUCAACAUUAUCAUUCUAAUAAAAUAUUUUCAAAUUAUAUAUGAGUAGACAUCACUACAAUUAUUUGUUAACACUCGAUUUCAAUAAUCGAUCCCAAUCGUUGCCUUUGGAUCGAUCGAAAAAAUGGACCAAUCAGAAUAAAAUUAGUUGACAAGUUUAUAAAUUACUUAUGAUUGGUUCAUUCUUUGUAUGAAUCAGAGAUCAUCGAUUGGGAUCCUUUAUUGAAAUUGGUCUUUAGUCAAUUCUAAUUCACAUAAAGUAAUCAACAUAAUGUUUUGUGAAGGUAGGUUUUUGGUCUCGGGCUCCGAUUAACCCACUCAGAAGAGUGCUAUAGAAUAAUUACUUAUUAGAUAACUACGUACAACAAGAAUUUUGUAUGGCUGCUCAUAAUAUAAUAUUAGUUCAAGAA